AUGGAGGAACUGGCGCGCGAAAGCAUCCGGAGCAUCAGUGUAUUGCACAAACCGGCGCGAGGCUCCGCAGCACCGCGACUCGGGUCGUUCGGUGCAGUGUUCAUCAUGCUGAAAUCUGCACUCGGAGCAGGACUCCUUAAUUUUCCUUGGGCCUUUGAAAAAGCAGGAGGCGUGAGCAGAGCCAUCACCGUAGAGAUGGUGUCACUGAUAUUUCUAAUCAGUGGCUUGGUCAUUCUGGCAUAUGCUUCGUCUAUUAGUCGACAAAGCACUUAUCAUGAUGUGGUGAAAGAAGUGUGUGGCCUCAGGAUUGGCCAACUGUGUGAGGUCUGCUUUGUCUUUAACCUCUUCAUGAUCUCUGUUGCAUUCCUUGUGGUGGUGCAGGACCAGCUGGAAAAGUUGUGUCUGUCUUUAUAUGAAAUGGUGACAGGAGAAAAAGAGAUGCCCUAUCACUGGUAUACGGACCAGAGCUUUUCACUUUUCCUUGUGUGCCUAAUCAUCAUCCUACCACUCUCAAUCCCCAAAGAAAUAAGCAUCCAAAAAUACACCAGUGUUUUGGGUACGCUUGCUGCUACAUACCUGAGUGUGGCUGUAAUAAUUAAGUAUUACUGGAAAGGGGAACACAUGGCCGACCUCACUCCACCACAAACAGGAUUAGACUCCUGGGCCUCUAUGUUCAGUGUGGUUCCAACCAUAUGUUUUGGUUUUCAGUGCCAUGAAGCCUGUAUUGCCAUUUACAGCAGCAUGGAAAACAAAAAGAUUUCUCACUGGGUGUUCAUUUCUGUGGUCUCCAUGAUCUUCUGCCUGCUCAUCUACACUCUUACAGGGGUGUUUGGUUUCCUUACAUUUGGGCGUGAAGUUGCUUCAGAUAUCCUGAUGUCAUAUCCUGGCAAUGAUGUGGUGAUGAUCAUAGCAAGGCUGCUGUUUGGGAUUUCAAUCAUCACCAUCUACCCAAUAAUACUGCUGCUGGGCAGGUCCGUUAUUCUUACACUUAUGCUACGUUACCGGGAGCACCAGGCGAUUGUUACAGCAGUGUUCGAGUGCCGAUGCAGAGUUUUUCUGACAUUCCUGUGGAUUGCUGUGACACUACUCAUUGCCAUCUAUGUGCCAGACAUGAGCGAUGUCAUUAGCUUGAUUGGAGGAAUCAGUGCCUUCUUUAUCUUUAUUUUUCCUGGACUAUGUCUCAUUUUUGCCAUGCAGACAGAACCAAUAGGUCACAUAAUAAAGAUGCUGCUCACAGGAUGGGGCGUUGUCACUGUUGUGAUCGGAGCCUUCAUCUUUGGCCAGAGUACUACUAUUGCUAUAAUGGAAGUUGCACGCAAGUUUUGAUCAUCGUAAUCCAUACAAUAAAUGGUGCUGCUGAAUAAUGUAACUUAAAAAGUCAUAAUGUAAAAUGAACAAUGCUUAUUUCAGAACAAUGCUUAUUUCAUUUUUUGCUGACUUGGUCAAUCCUCAUUUUUUAUUGAAUUACUGAAAAAGCAUUUUAACCUCCAAUGUAAAGAU